AUGGCAACUAUCGAGAAGACCCAGCCUGAACAGCUAGAGGCGGUUCGCGUCACCUCUCAUGAGCCUGUCGACAACUUGCGCGGCCGUGCGUUUGCAGGCCGUGAGCAUACACGUAGCUACUGGCAGACGCUUCGGAAAGAUCCCAAACUCUUAUUUUGGAUUGGUGUCAUGCUCUUCACAUUGAUCACGAGAGGCUUCGAGAAUCAAUCAUCCGGUUCUGUCAUCAGCAUUCCAGCAUUCAAAGAGGAGUUUGGUGUCCCGAACGCUCAAGGGCAAUACUUCGUGGAGACGACGUGGCAGUCAGCGCUUAACGGUGGAUCGAAUGGUGCUGCGAUCAUCGGUGCCUUCUUGGCUUCUUACACCGCCGACAUCUUUGGCGUUCGACCCGUUGUGCUCGCAUUCGCCUGCCUGAAUAUGAUCUCAGUCGGCAUCGAAUUUGCGACGACCUCCAUCGGGAUGUUCUUGGCCGGAAAGCUGCUCAAUUUCGUCGCCAUCGGAGCCUUCCUCAAUCUCUGCACUGCCUACGUCGCCGAUGUCGCACCUAUGGGCAUCCGAGCAUCUUGCAUUGGUUUCUGCAACCUGGCUCAGUGCAUCGGACCCUUCAUCUCCGCCAUCAUGUCGAACUUCACGUCCAGAUGGAGCUCGGCCUGGUCAUGGAAAGCUCUUGUGUGCGCACAAUGGGGAUUUUGCGGUGUAGCCUUCAUCGCCCUGCUAUGGCUUCCUGAGUCUCCAGUCUAUCUCGUCCGCGCCAACAAGAUUGAUGCUGCCCGUAGGUCACUAGGUCGGCUAUACUCCGACCCCGCGGACGCCGAAGGCCAUCUGCAGGAAAUCCACCUCACAAUCGAAGAGUCGGAGACUCAGAAGAGGUCAUCUUAUGCUGAAUGCUUUCGCGGCACCAACCUUCGUCGCACCAUGAUCGCCAUCCUUGUUUUCCUCUCCGAGCCAAUGGCUGGCCUUGGCUUCGUGUCCAAUUAUGGUGCUUUGAUGUAUCAGUACCUUGACAUUAGCGACGCAGCAUCAUUCAGGAUCCAAAUCGGCGCUCAAAUCUUAUCCAUGUCUGGAGCACUGAUCGCUAUGCUCAUUGGUGACUUCUUUGGUCGUCGUCCCAUGUACCUUACAGGAUGUCUCGCGCUCGUCGGCCUGCUCUUCUGCAUGGGCAUCUCUGGAUCAAUCAACACUACAGCUGCAGUCACUGCUUCUGUCGGCUUCUACACAAUGUUCAAUUUCUUCUUCAACGUCGGCGUCGGCUCGAUCGUGUACGCCAUCGCUGGCGAAAUCCCGACAUCCAUUCUCAGACAGAAGACACUGGCAAUCGCACUGUCCGUCUCGGCAGCAGCCAACACCUUCUGGUCAUUUGUGUCGCCCUACAUCUUCAACCCCGAAUAUGGCAAUCUGAAGGCUAAGAUUGGCUUCGUGUUCGGAGCGUGUAUGGUCUUGUUCUUCGUCUCCGGCUACUUCUAUGUGCCCGAGACACGCCGAAGGACCUAUGAAGAGUUGGACGAGCUCUUCAUGAAUCAUGUUCCUGCGCGCCAGUUCAAGAAGCAUGUUACUGUCGCAGAGCAACAGGCGCACGAGGCUUAUGAGAUGGUUGAGGCUAAAGGAGGGAGGAUGGAUAGCGUUUGA